AUGGCUUCUGAUUCUGACAAUAUCAUUCCAUUGGCUGCUGCUUUUGAAAUGAACGAAGCCAAACGAGUCCCUAUACCAGACCCACCGUAUGAGGUGGAGAAGAGGGCUAUCUGGAAAUCUCAGGUACUCAUCCCUAUCUCUGUUAAUGGUACCCUACGUGCCAUCUUAGGUCCUUUGAAGAAAGCGAAAAAGGAUAGGCUUACUAGUCUUCCUGAUGGUUAUGAACAAUUUCACCCCAGUAUUUGUGGGGAAGAGCUUAUUCUUGCUUUUCGACCUUCCUAUCGCUUGCCCUUUCUGAAAGAUCCAAAAAGGGCUUUUAGGUCUGCCCCGCCCAAUUCGACUGCUGGUGACGGAGCCUAUUUGAAAUGGCUUGAUAGGGUGGAAGCCAGUAAGUCUGGGCACUGGAAAGUCACCGGGAUUUUCGACCUAAUUCAAUUGUCGAGGUCGCCAAUCUCUUAUAACCCUGCUAUGCUCUUGAGCUCACUCUUUUUUUGGGAAAGGUCUACCAACAGCUUUCAUGUUCCUUUUGGCAUGAUCACUCCCACUCUUCUCGAUGUCGCUGCCAUCACUGGCCUUUGGGUUGUGGGUGAUGAUUAUCAUUCCUCUGCUGUCCCAACAAAACCCAUCGCCAUUUCGACAGACAACAUAGCCUUCAGUAGAUUCAUUAAGGAUCAUUAUGUCGAAGAGGGUGAGGUUUCUGACGCUGAGCAUGUCGCGUUUCUCUUAUAUUGGCUUUCUGCUUAUGUAUUCUGUACCAAGUCUCUGAGGAUUCCAGCCAAGCUUCUUCCUUUGGCUAACUUGUUGCAUGAGGGUCGAAAAAUUGCUAUGGCUAGACUUGUGCUUGGUAACAUUUAUCAGAUGAUUAAUGAAGCAGUAGCCGAUAUCCGAGAUCCCAAAGUUGUGUCUCUGAACGCAGCCGGCCCAUUGUGGUUGCUUCAGCUUUGGAUGAAUACGGUUUUCGAGUCGUUUCUCCCAGCCAAGAAACCUCCUUCCAUGGUGUCCAACACAAGGAUUGACGCUCACAGGCUUGAAACCGUAACCCCUCCUUAUGAUGCUUCUACCUUUGAGGCCGAUUUCAAAAAGUAUUUCACCAUGUUCUUCGAACUGAGGCGCUACCGUUCCAGCUUUGCACCAUACAGCAAACCCUCUUAUGGCCCUCGGUGGCUAAGAAACUCCUACCCCAACCUUCCUGGCUCAGAGGAUCUCUCUCAACAUCAGAUCGAACUCUGGCAAGCCAUCCUAUCCCCUAGGGUGCUGACUAUCAAUUUUGUCAGUAAUGACUUCACCUUGUGCGGUUAUAACCCUCAGCUCGUCUCUCGACAAUUUGGGCUAAGUCAGGAUUUGCCCAACACAUUAUUCGAUCAAUCGCUUGUCCUUUAUCCUGACGCCAUCACUAAACGUAGUGCCUUUGACACCACCAUCAACUACUACAAUGAGGAGCUGAUCGGCCUUAGCCCUUUUAACUUUACUCCAUCCUUUUAUGUCACCAAGGCGUUUAAAACUUGGUAG